UGGACACAUCGCUCAGUCAGGCCUUAUCUCUGUAAUAAACACUGAUCUCAGACCGAGCUCCGCCAAAGGCUGCCUCUUCUAUCGGCGCACUUUUUUUAGCGACAUAAUUUCCGGGAUUGAAAGCGAUUCAUUGUAGCAAAUGCGGGAGGAGAGCGAUAAUAAGAGCAACGUGGCGGUCGGAUUUGUGAAGAUUACAGUCAGUAAAGUGCCCUGCACAAGACUGCCUCCUAAUCCCUGUGUGAAAGGGAUGGGCAGUGCACCGGCUGGAUCUGACUUUCUGCAAAAAGCUGGGAUGGCAGAGGCUCCGAUGUCAUGUGAUUGUUUUGUUUCCUUGCCCCCCGGCUCUCGCGAUGACCAUGUGAUUUUUGGGAAGAACUCUGACCGUCCCCAGAAUGAGGUGCAGGAGGUGGCCCACUACCCUGCAGAAUCUCACCCUCCAGGCUCCAUGCUGGAGUGCACAUACAUCCAGAUCCCUCAGGUGGAGCAGACUCAUGCUGUCAUCCUCAGCAAACCUGCCUGGAUGUGGGGCGCAGAAAUGGGAGCCAACGACCAGGGGGUCUGUAUUGGGAAUGAGGCAGUGUGGACCAGAGAGCCCGUCGUCCCCGGAGAGGCUCUGCUGGGUAUGGACCUGGUCCGACUGGGGCUGGAGCGUGGAGACAGCGCCUGGGCAGCGCUGACAGUGAUCACCGGCCUGCUGGAGCAGCACGGCCAGGGCGGACAGUGCAAGGAGGAUCCGGAGUCCUUCAGCUACCACAACACCUUCCUCCUGGUGGACCGCAACGAGGCAUGGGUCCUGGAAACUGCUGGGAAGCUGUGGGUGGCACAGAAGGUCACAGAGGGUGUGAAGAACAUCUCCAACCAGCUGACCAUUGGCACUGAGAUCUCCGCAGAGCACCCAGAGCUGCGGAGCACGGCCCAAGCUCAGGGCUGGUGGGACGGUGAAAGAGAGUUCAAUUUCUCUGAGGUGUUCAGCCCUGAGAACCCACCUGCUCGGAUGGAGCUGGCCAAACGGCGCUACAAGGGAGGCACAGAGCUGCUCCAGCAACAUGACGGCUCAGUGACGGCAGAGGUGAUGAUGUCCAUUCUGAGGGACAAGCCCAGUGGCAUCUGCAUGAAUUCUGGUGGUUUCUGCACUACAGGCAGCAUGGUGUCUGUUCUGCCCAGAGACUCCAGCCUGCCCUGCAUCCACUUCUUCACUGCCACCCCAGACCCCUCCAGGUCUAUAUUCAAGCCUUUUAUCUUCUCGGACUGUUCUACUCCAGUGCUGAGGGUGGUCUCCCCACAGUUUGGCCCAGAUGACCCUGUCAGGCAGCAGCCUCGCUUUCAGAGCCAGGUGGACCGCAGACACGACCUCUACAAGGCUCACCAGGUGGCGCUCAACACCAUGGAGACCAACCCGGAUGAGGGCUUGGCUGUCUAUGAGAUUCUGAGGGACCUGGAGUCGCAGUGUCUGAGUGAGAUUUCAGCCAUGCUGAGUGGAGAGAUACCAGGAGACGAACUGGGGGACUUGUUUUUUGAUUGCGUGGAUACAGAGAUUAAGUUCUACCAGUGAGGAGUGCCCUCAGGUGGACAUCCCUAGUGCUCGCAGAGUGGCAGGAGAAGGCCGUGGGACUGUUACAACCUCUGUGUUCCUUGUCUGAUUGGCCUCCGCCUCACUCACACAACACACAUGCCUGACACCAUUCCAUCAGUAACACAGACUAAAUGUCUAAACUGCACAUGUGAUUGGAGCAUAUUUAUCAUCUGUAUCACCCAGGGAGCAAUGACUGCACCUCAUUAGUGAGCAUAAUGAUGUAGACUACACAGGCACCCAUGUAGAGCUGUGUGAUGUUGCACAAAUACUGUAAGUAUGGCAUUUGUUUAACAUUUUGAUUGUUGCUGCAAAUGAAUGGGUUGUCAUUUGUUUGAUGGCUUCCUGUAGGGAGAGAUCUAAUAAAGAAUGUGCAUAGUC